ACAAAUUGGAAUGUUGAGGAUCAAGAUGUUGAUGUCGGUGUAGUGUGCAUGAUUUUUUUCUCGCCGGACACCGUCCUUGAGAAUCGAUCCCGACACAGUGACGAAAAUCUGUCUAAUCCUAAAUGAAGAAAAGUACAAUUUUCCUGGUGCUCGUCGUUGACCUUUGUAGCGCAGGAAUGAGGAUGUCGGCAACAACAGAUGAACUUUCACACCAUUAUGCGCAAAACGUGAUGCUCACCUUAGCCGGCCCCGGCGCCGCCCGCACUGAUAAUUAUACCCAGGAGCAAAGCGAUAGCGACUAAAAAAUGGACGAUCCAGCAGUUGCAGCAACCACCACAACCUCCGUCUCCAACAAGCCAAAUUUCUCCGGGCGCACUUUGGGUUCCUGCGUCCUCCCGGGAUCCUCCUCCCCAGCGAGAAGCAUGUCAUCACAGCCGUCCAGCCCGAAAAUCUCCCCCGGGCGGCAACACCAACAGCGAACAAAAAGAAUCGGCGUUUUAGGAGGCAGUUUCGACCCAAUCACGGAAGCACACUUGACCACCGCGGCGGGAGUGGUGCAGGCGGGUUGUGUAGACGAGGUGUGGCUGCUGCCGUGCGGCGCCCGGCCGGACAAGCCGUCGUUGAAAACACCGGUGAAGGAUAGGGUUCUGAUGUGUCAUCUGGCGGUCAACACCCGGUUCGAUGGCGCCUUCCCGAUCCGGGUCUGCGAACUCGAAGCGGACGCGCAGACCUACAUUCCGACCUUCGAGGUCUGGAAGGAACUGACCAAGCAGGCGAACAUCAAUAACGACCACAAGACCGAAGUCUACAUCAUCAUCGGGUCCGACUUGAUUCCGACCUUGCCAAAGUGGAAAUUUGCGGAGGAGGUCUUCGAGCAGGUGCCCUUUCUCGUGUACGCGCGCGACGGGUAUGAAAUACCUGGUAGCAAGCCUAGCACUACUAGUCCGAAACAACAACAAGGACAAGGUAGUACUAUUAAUGGGAAUAAAAACGCAGCGACAUCAUCUCCAAACAAUAUCCGGUGGCCCAGGCGCGCAGAGGUGAUCAAGCCACCUACGGGGAUGCAUUUGUGCACGAGCAACGGGUCCUCAUCGGAGGUGAGAAACCGAAUUCGGCAAUUUGAUGCAGCGACAGGUGGUGGGGCUUUGCUACGAGAUAGAAACUUGCAUUGCGUGGCAGGCUUAGUGCCACAGGCUGUGCUGAAUCACAUUAUGCGGGAAAAUCUGUACCGUACAUAG